GGCAUCAGAACGAGCUCAUCGACUGUGCGGUGGUUGGUUUCCCGUUCACCUGUUCUCGCCUCGGGUUUAUCAUCGUACGCAAGAUGGCGGCAACUCCACUCUGCAUCGUGGUAGUAGCCUGCUUCUUCUGCUGCCUGGGGUCGAACCGUGAUGUCGCUGCCGUGCCGACUGGGAACACAGCACCCUUCGACUCCUUGAGCAGCCUGGGCACACCCGCUGUAUACGAGCGGCGCAUCCGGCCCAACGUGGGAGGACCUCCGGUGGUUGUAAAUGCCAGCAUUAUCAUCAAACGGUUUGGCCCCGUUACGGAGACAUCCAUGGACUACCAGAUAUCAAUUUUCCUUCAACUUCGCUGGAACGAUCCCAAAAUACAAAAUCUGCUGGCAAAGGCAUUGCUCCAGGAAGAAUUCAUUGACCUCGGCAACAACUUCUAUGACCUGCUGUGGAAGCCAGUACUUUUCAUCGAGAACGAAAAGACAGCGAACGCCCACGCCAUCACAUCCGACAACAAGAUGCUGCGGCUCUACAAGAAUGGGGACGUGUUCCACUCCAUGAGGGUGACAAUGCUCCUGGAGUGUGCCAUGAUCCUGCGUGACUAUCCCAUGGACCUACAGCACUGUCACAUGAACAUGGAGAGCUAUGGUUACACAACGAACGACGUCAUCCUUCAGUGGAACGAUACGGAUCCCGUGAUAUUCAACGUGAGCACGGCCACCACCACCUUCACCGUGUCGGAGAAGGGGACUCUGGGCAACUGCGGCAAGACGUACGACAGUGGCCCGUAUUCGUGCAUCUCGGUGGCGUUCGACCUCUCACGUGACAUUGGCUACAACCUGAUCCAGCUCUACAUUCCCAGCAUGCUGCUUGUCAUCAUCUCCUGGCUCUCAUUCUGGAUUGACAUGUCCGCUGCGCCCGCCCGGGCUAGCCUAGGCAUCACCACCAUCCUCACCAUCACCACGCAAAGCUCGGCUGCCAACUCGCAGCUUCCCAAGGUGUCGUACAUCAAGGCGAUCGACGUCUGGAUGGGCAUGUGUCAAGUGUUUGUGUUUGCAGCGCUGUUGGAGUUUGCGGCCGUAAACGUGAUGGCUCGGCAGGGCAAACAUGCCGUGAAGCUCGUGGAUGAGAACAGCUCACCCAAGGAGAAGGCUGGAGCCGAGGACAAGAAGAACAUGUACGUGCGGUGCGCACAUCGCAUCGACUACUUUUCGCGCAUCAUUUUCCCCAUCACCUUCUUCAUCCUCAACAUCUUCUACUGGGUCUUCUAUAAAGUGGUGCUCAAAUUCAACUCGUAAAUUGAGCAAACCCCGCUCAGAUUCUGCCAACGUGCUGAGAAAUUACUCGUGUAGCAUGUGUCAAUACCAUAUAUUUAUAAGCUGUAUUGUAUUUCAUUGCAUGCGCAUAUUGUGACGAAAACAAAGCAAAUUAGAAAAAAUACACUUAAAUACAAAUGUACAGUAAAAUAAAUGUGGUAGUAAACAUUGGCAAGUUAAACAUGCCACAUUAUUGGCAAAAUUUGCUCCACAAUUAGCAACGAUCAUGCAACACAGCAAACUGAAACACAUGACUUUACGGGGGAAGAUGUGUGAUCAUACUGCACCAUACUGGUUUGUGUGGCUUGGCGAAACUAUUCACUUGACGUGGGAAUACUGACAAUUAUGUGAUGCCAGCCACAUGAUAAUUUUCAGAAUUGAUUACCCAGGAUAUUGUGUCUAAUUGGUGACCCCUGGAUGGUCAGUCCCAAGUUGCCAACCAUUACAUCAUGGUAGCUACUUUCGUUGUUGAGUUAAAAAGGUAAAUAUUGGACGUUAAUUGCCAUACAAAUGUUAAUGUGUAGCAAACGGAUAACCAUUUAUAUGAUGCGAUUAUGGGUAAUACAAAAAUAACUUUAAUGAAUCUAGUAAGAACAGGAAAAGUUCUUUUUUGACAAUUGCUAUAUUCAGGAAUUGUAUAACGACCUGGAAAUUACUUUAAAAAUUACUUACAAUACUACUGGAGUAAUCCCCAACUCUAAAUAUUAUAAUUAAAUACUUAAUAUCUCAUGUUAUCCAGGUGUAUUGUGAGAUAGGUAAAGUGAGUUAUAACUACCAUAUAUGUUACAUAUACCAUUGUAUAGCUUUAUGGGCGGAUUUAUUUCAGAUUUCAUCACCAGCUGUAUUAACCCAUCACCUUUCGUCGGUCAUAGAGCUCUCAUACAAAAUGUAUUGUGUGUCUGUCCAUAUUUUACGUAUAUAUGAAGGUAACUCGCUCCAAAGUUUUCUCCACUCACGAUUAAUAUGUACUGGCAUGUGCUAAUUAUUUCCAGUAAUAUCAACCAGGAAGAUUAACAACUUUAAUCAUUGACAUUUCUUCCAUAGAUCCCAACGUGCCGUAAUUAUAAUUCACAUCUGCUUCAGAAGUAGAAGAAUCUACAAUGUCAAUCAGUAAUCAAAUUUACAGUUGGAUUUCAACACUAUGACAAAGAAAUCUCGAACUUAACUUGCCUUUAAACAUAGACCUAAUGUUGGUAUUUUACAAAAUGCAAUGGAUGAAGUCACAAGAAUUGCGCACAUGAUACACCUAGCACCUUUCACAAGCGUAGGUACUUUCACGCACACUUAAUUGAGAAACAGGUAUCCGGGUCUGAGUUCUAGAAGACAUUUCCCCUUUGCCUCCGGGGUUCUGUGUCCCUGCAAAAUAUUUCAUACGUCCAGUUUUUAUAAAUAUAGAGCCGGUGGACCUAAGAUUACCAACCAUCUGUUUUUUUGUAAUUAUACUGUCUGUUACUUUUUAUGACCUGCUCCCAAGUGUCAUUUUGAUGCCUCUGACCAUAUAUCAAACGUAUGUAUUUUUGUAACAUUUUCAUCGUGCAAAUCAGCAUGGAACAUGUUCAAUGGCAAUGUGGAGUAGACAAAGAAAGUGGGCACUGUGUAAGGUGGACACCACAACACUGGAUGUGUGACGAAUGGAAUUGGUUUCAGCUUGUCUAGUUUGCCUGUCUAUACAAAAUGCUACCGUUAUUGAUUAGUCUGGAAGGUCUAAACCAGGCUGAUGGACUGUUUAGGUCUUCCACAAUAGUGUAUCACGAGUUAAUAUAUUGUCUGUAUGCCCAAAUGAUCUUACAAUAUUCCACCAAGUAGUCAACACCACCACGGGUUUGUUCAUAUUUCGGAAAUGGGAAAAUUGGCAACCCCAGGCCCACCCCCAAGGCUGACCCUGGAUGCGUGAGAGUAUUCACUAGUCGGAAUGUGAAAGGGCAUUUAACCAUUUUCACUCAUUUAGCUGCCGUCAGCAACGUGAGACACUGAAACUGUGCUCACUGCCACGCACGCCCCGACUUAAUGGUCAUCUCAUGAAUGAUCAUUCCCAGAGCUGGACAGAUCUAGAAUUUAACCAAGCAUACAUCUCUUACAAUUCAAAUAAAUGGUUGUAUUUAAACAGCAUGAUCAACUUUCUGAGUUAAUGAAUUAAUCUUGAAAUAUUUAAGUGUGUCUUACAAAUUAUAACGAUUCUGUAUGUCAAUUUAAUCAACAAAGUGGUGCUCAAAUUCAACUAGGAAAUUGAGCAAAUCGCUCUCAAAUUCUGCCAACGUGCUGAGGAAGUUCUCAUGUAGCAUGUGUCAAUACCAUAUACUUAUUAUAUGCUGUACUGUAUUUUAUUGCAUGUGUGUAUUGUGCCCAAAAGAAGAAUACAUCUCUUACAAUUCAAAUAAAUGGUUGUAUUUAACAGUAUGAUCAUCUUUCUGGGUAAAGUAAUUCAUCUUAAAAUUUUUAAUUGUACUAUGAGACCUCCUAUCACAAAAUAUAGUGAUAGGUUUUUACCCUUUCAACUGGUACCAGCAACUGGUACCAGCAACUGGUACCAGUUGAAAGGGUAAAAACCUAUCACUAUAUUUUGCCACUGGUAAAGGAGGUCUCAUAGUGUAAAUGCUUACCCCGAGCUCUCAAUACUCUGAUAGUGCGCUGUUUUUGAGUUGUACGCCUUUUGGCGUCAUCUGGUCCAACACCAAGAAAAGCUGUCUCGGGUGUGGACCAAUCAACUUCAAGGACAGUGCAUAUCAUUAUCAUUAUCAAAGUUGUUUCUUUUUGUUUGCAUUUUGACUGCUUGUGUUGUGGUUAUUGCAAACAUGAUGCCUUGUAUAAAGGUGUCAGUUUUUGUACCAGUUGAAAGGGUAAAAACCCAUCACUAUAUCUUGAAUUGUCUUACAAAUUACACAUGUGUCACUUUAAUCAUUUUUAUCACGCUUAUUACACAUUAAGCAUAAUGUUAUUAAACAUUUGUUGUAUUUUUGUUAGUAUUGUCUUGCAAAUUUGAUUAAUUUUACAAAUGAUGGCUUGUGUUUUAAAUAUACAUUACAUCAUUGGGAUAAGGUAAAUGGAAACAAAUUUAGCUUAUAAUCAUCAAUUGUAAUAAUUAAACCAUGAGGAUGCCCUCCAUUCAGUGUUUAAACAAGUUCUGUAUUUUUACAACAUAUAUAUGAUGUAUUAAGCUUGGUGGGGAUGUAAUAUGAGACGGAAUCGGUACACAUGUUGAUUCUGUAUCCUUUAUUGACGAGAUUAAAUUAAACUUGAUUUGAA